AUGAAGACCUCCGUUCCCUUGGCCGUUGCUCUAUUCGCACUCGGCGUUUGGUCCCAAGCCUGCGGCGUGAACGAGGUGCGGCAAGACUGCGGGCCGGUCUGCCAAGGCUGCGGAAACUUCCAAUGCCUCGCCAUCCGCUGCGGCGGCGGAUGCUGGUGCCGACCGGGCUUCCUCCGAGACAGCGCCGGCACCUGCAUUCCACGAGACCAGUGCCCAAAAGACAAAGUCAGCGAGCCAAGUUCGCAUUAG